AGCGUCAAAUUUUUUCAAGGUUUUUAAGGUUUUUUAAUGUAUAAAACGCUCUUCGCAAAGGGCGUCACCGCUGUGUGCGCGGGAAGGCACACAAAGAGCAGGCUGCAGCAGCGGGGGGAGGGAGAGGAGGGGUAUUAGAGUGGAGCGAGUUGUGUUUGUCCAAUGGUGGUUUGACGGCAUUUGAAAGGCGUGACUCAUGUUAAUUAGACUGGCAGAGUGCAAAUAACGUGGGGGUUAGUCGCCUCCCCCUCAUUCUUCAGUCUAACUCGAAGAGAAGCAGGAUGCCUGAGCCAGCCAAGUCCGCCCCGAAGAAAGGCUCCAAGAAGGCCGUUACCAAGACCGCCGGGAAGGGAGGCAAGAAGCGCAGAAAGUCCAGGAAGGAGAGCUACGCCAUCUACGUCUACAAGGUGUUGAAGCAGGUCCACCCCGACACCGGAAUCUCCUCAAAGGCGAUGGGUAUUAUGAACUCCUUCGUGAACGACAUCUUCGAGCGCAUCGCCGGUGAGUCUUCCCGCCUGGCUCACUACAACAAGCGUUCCACCAUCACCUCCAGGGAGAUCCAGACCGCCGUGCGCCUGCUUCUGCCCGGCGAGCUGGCCAAGCACGCCGUCUCCGAGGGAACCAAGGCCGUCACCAAGUACACCAGCUCCAAGUAAAGAGCGAACCCGCUCUGUUCAAACCCAACGGCUCUUUUAAGAGCCACC